AUCGAACACGAUCUUAUAAAAAGAGAUCAUAUUGAAAAACUACCAAACAUUUGGUACUUUUAUCUCAUAACAAAUGGCAAAGUUAGGUAAUUUGUUAGGUCCCAUAUCAAUAUUUUGGUUGGUUUUAAUAUUGAAAGGCUUAAUAGUUGAAGCCGAAUCCAAGGCAUUCUUUGUGUUUGGAGAUUCGUUGGUGGACAAUGGCAACAACAAUUACUUGGCCACCACCGCUAGGGCUGAUUCACCACCGUAUGGGAUCGAUUACCCGUUGCACCGUCCCACCGGACGUUUCUCCAACGGCCUCAACAUCCCCGAUAUAAUCAGUGAGAAAAUGGGUUGGGAACCUACAUUGCCAUACUUGAGUCCAGAGCUUAGAGGGAAAAAUCUACUAAUUGGUGCCAACUUUGCUUCUGCUGGCGUUGGAGUGCUUAAUGAUACUGGAUAUCAAUUUGCUAACAUAAUUAGGAUAUACCAACAGCUUGAUUAUUUCGAGGAAUACCAGCAAAGAUUGAAGGGACUAGUUGGCAAAGAGAAAGCCCACAAACAUGUGAAAGAAUCACUCGUUCUUAUUACUUUGGGAGGAAAUGAUUUUGUCAAUAAUUAUUAUUUGGUCCCUUAUUCUGCAAGAUCUCAACAAUACUCUCUCCAAAAAUAUGUGCCAUUUGUCAUCUCCGAGUACAAAAAGGUCCUGCAGAGACUCUAUAAGCUUGGAGCUCGUCGAGUUCUAGUGACGGGAACGGGGCCGUUGGGGUGCGUGCCGGCCGAGCUGGCACAACAUAGUAGGAGAGGCGAAUGCGCACAAGACUUGAUGAAGGCUGCAUCACUCUUCAACCCUCAACUUGUUCAAAUGCUUAAACAGCUUAACCAUGAGUAUGCUAAAGACGUGUACAUUGCAGCCAACACUAAUCAAAUGCAUAUGGAUUUCAUUUCCAAUCCUACACAAUUUGGAUUUACAACCUCAAAGGAAGCUUGUUGUGGACAGGGCCCAUAUAAUGGGCUGGGGCUUUGUACGCCGUUGUCGAAUUUGUGCUCAAAUAGAGAUGCAUAUGUUUUCUGGGAUCCAUUUCAUCCUACUGAAAAGGCGAAUAGGUUGAUAGUCCAACAAAUCUUGAUGGGCACAAAUAAGUAUGUUUAUCCAAUGAAUCUUAGUGCAAUCAUGGCUAUGGAUUCCAGGGCUUAAGACCACACCCACUUCCAUCAGAUUUUGGGCCCAACUUCACCCCAAAUCAUUGUCUUCUUUUCUUUUUUCAUAUAUGUAUCUCUAUUUCAUUCAUGUAUUGUUUUUCUUUUCCUUUCGAAUUCGAUCGGUGUUGUAUUUUUAAGAAUUUCUUUCUC